AUGGCAGGUCGAUUUACAGGUAACUUCUUUAUGGCGUUAGGAAUAGCUUCUGCGCUUGCAUUAUGUACUGUAGUAUACACCACUACUAUGCACUAUAAUUCUAGUAAGAGCAAUGAAGAUACCCUAGGUGCUAAUGUGUCUAGCACAAAUCCUGAAAAUUCAGGGUUAUAUAGUCUUGCUUCUGCAGAGGACAAUGAUAAGUCAAAUAAGAACUCAGAAUCUAUGGGGCAUAACAGCAAUGCAGGAAACACAGAGGCAAGUGCAAUAAAAAGCGUACAGACUAGUGAGGUGCAGGAGGAAUAUUCUAAAAAGUCAACAGAGUUGAAAUCUAAUUUAGGUACAGCUAAAGAAGAAACAAAUCCCAAAUAUGCUUUAAAUAUUACAGAAAAAGAAGCCCAAAGUUUUAAUCCACUAUCAAUAGAUAUACAACCAUGGAGCAGCCCAAAAACACCUAUAAUAAUCAUGCAAGACAGAGAAGAAUACGAGCAGGGCCUAAACGACAUACCACAAGAGCGAGCGGUAGUUUAUGACGGUACUAAAGCAGUGAGUGAAGCAAGAGCAUUUAUGAGGUCACAGUCUGAAAAUAUAGAGGAAACACAGAUGUAUAACCAGAGCGACUAUGGAAAAAACCCAUACACACAGUUUUAUGAAGAAGAAGCGAAGACAUCUAUGAGAAGCCACGCAAAAAGUGUGGUCAGAGCAUAUAGUGUAGGAAUGCAAGCCCGUGAAGUGCAGCAACUUACUAAAGCUGAAGAAAGCAUAGGACUAUCUACAUUUAGCGAAGUGGACAAAAGCAUAGAAACCUAUCCUAGCAUAGAGUUUGAGAGGCAGCUACAAGAAAGGCCAAUUUUUGCGGGCAACAUAAUAUGUGAACUAAAAAGCGAUGAUAAUCCAGAUGAGAGCAAAAUUCUUGUUGCUGACUGGGUCCAGUAUAUACCUAAGUAUAUGAAAGAAAAAGUAUUGCUUCCUCAUGCGCAAAAGCCUAUUAGGCUAUCUAAUGAUGUGAGGCUCUUUAAAAAGCUGGACUCCCUGGGAAAAAUCCAGAAAUGCAUGCUAAAGGGGAUAGAUCUGAAAAUUAACUUUGAGGUAAACCCGGUGGAGGCCGUUCUUCCAUGCAAUCUCUAUGGUAUGCAUCAAGUAUUGAUCCGAAUGCACAGAAGAAAGACAUAUAAUCUAGAGGCUGCGACAUUGGAUAGUAUAUUUAAGUGCACUAAAUAUCUUGCAGACCUUACGUACAUGACACGCUUUGCUGUUAUAACAGAAAUAGAAGCAAUAGAUGAGAUUUGGAAAGUGUGCAUUCGCCACAGGGCUAUGAAAACAAAAAAACAAGGCUACAGCUCGUUUACCACUCCGUCUAAUGUGCUUCCCGAUGAGUUUGACUUAGCUCUGUUUGACGAGUGCAAGGAGGAGAUUAAAAAAACAUUCCAUGAAAAGUAUACGGUUCCGAUGAAUAAGAUGGUUGAGCAGGGUAUCAAGCAAAUGAUGCCGCUCUUCUAUAAUAUACAUAAAAAACACAGUAUAGACGAUCAUAAAGUACGAAAUGCAACGUACAUAAAUGACACAUGGUAUACAAAGGAAAUACUUGGCGAGAAAAUAAUUCCUGUCUGUUUGCAGUAUAUGGAUGAUUAUUGGAGUAUUCAUUCACAUAGUGACAGACUUUUCUUUAGAGGUGCAAUGCGUCCAGAUAUGUAUGACUCUUAUAUGGAAAGUGUCCAACAUGGCUUUGGCCCGAGCAGAGAACAAAUCAAGUUGGAUCUAAACAGCUUUGACAUAAUUUCAAUGAUAAUGGAUAUAAGCAUGCAACAGAUUUAUUCCUCUGGAAAUAAAUCUCUAGAGAGGACGGAAAAUUUAAGUAAUGAGAUCUGGGUAGACCACAUUGGGUGUUUCUUCAAUGCAUGCGCUUUAUCAGAUGAUCUUGCUGUGAAGACACAAAAUAGUGAAGCUGCCGCACACCCGCUAUUCUUAAAUAGCUUAAAGCUUGUUUACAUGUCUACCUCUAUAAUGACAAAAAUAGAGAAACUGUUUAAGUGUGAAAAAUUGCUUUCUGCAUACAGUGAAAACAUUGGAUUCAGAGAGGACUUGAUAAAGCUCAAACUGAUCAUAAAUAAGUACAUGCAAGGCGCUUCUCUUGCCAUUAACAACCAGUUCUGUAUGCUAUCUCUACAGCGAGCAAGAGAAAACACAAUGCGCGCCUCUAUCUAUGCUUAUAUAUUUGGCGAGCGCAGCACAGAAUCUGUGCAGGAGCUGUAUAAGCCUGCAUACCAAAUUAUUAAAAAUGCACUAGGCUCUGGAGUCAUAGAUUUCAACAAAAAAAGCAAUUCAUCCGAUCUCUUCCAAAGCAAAGAGCGCGCGCAAAGUCUUAACUGCGGCGGGGCACCCUGUGCAGAAAAUAGUUCAUUCAAUUGGAAAUCGCUUAAUCUUCUCUACAAUAGCUUUUUAUACAGAACUCCUAUUCUUUUCAAGGGCCAAAACGAGGCAUACAUCUCUAAAAUAAUUGAAGAAGAAUACGAUAGUUAUACAAAGACGUAUUUAAAGCAGAUUUCAUCCACUUCAUAG